CAACUCACUUUACUUUUAACAAUGACAGAAUUACAUUCAGAAUCUGGGAAUAAUGAAGAAGAUAAAGAUAAAACUUGUGAAAUUUUUGUAAACAAGACUAUGGAAGAAGUUUCAAAAGCAAGUGAAGUAGCGAAUUUCAUAACCAUCCCUAUAAACAAAUUCUUACCUUUAUUCGGUGAUAUUAUCACGAUCGUACAAGAAAUAAUUUAUAUGUAUAAUACCGCUGAAGCAAAUAAAAGAAUUUGUGGUGUACUUCUUGAUAGAGUUCAGGCUGCAGAAGCCGCAGUAAAUAAUUUAAAGAUUCGUGAAAAAGAACGUCAAGAAUUUUUCACAGAACAAAAUAUUGUUACUUUACGAAAAUUGGUAAAUGUUAUAAGAAAAAUUGCGGAUUUCAUUAAAAAAUCACUUACUGCGGAAUUCGAUAGUUACAUGUCUAGUUUGAGUUUCACUAUUACAAUCGAAUUAAAAUUACAAGGUGAAAGGGAUAGAGCUGCUUUGUCUAAAGACAUACACGAAACAAAUCAA